GCACGCCAGUGAGUGUUGAUUCAGCCACACCCCAAACAGCCUCACCCACCAGAUGACUGUGAAACUCAGAAGCCUGUGCUCAGGAUCUGGAUAAAGCCAGACAUCAGGAUUUUGCCAGUUCCUAGCCCAGAGGAGCCACCAAGAAGAGGAAGAAUGGAGAAGCCAUCCAAAGCCAAAUAUCGGAGUCAUGGUAGCUUUCACCCUGAGGAUACCAGAAAAGGGAUGUUUGGGCUAAAGCUGAAGAAGAAGAAGAAGAAUGCAGAGAAGGGGUUAAUCCUAGCCAACAAAGGUGCCCAAGAUGAUCAAGCUGAAGCAGAAACACCACAGGAGGGAACUUCUCACCAGGAAGGCCUGGGAGGAGAUUUGAUUUCCGACAAUACUUCCAUCACUCCUGUCCCCUCAUCUCCUCCAAAGAGAAGAUCAAAACUGUUGACUAAGAUCCACGAUGGGGAGGUCAGAUCCCAAAAUUACCAAAUCGCCAUAACCAUCACGGAGGCCCGCCAGCUGGUGGGUGAGAACAUAGAUCCGGUUGUGAUCAUCGAGGUCGGGGAUGAGAAGAAGCAAAGCACAGUGAAGGAGGGAACCAACAGCCCAUUUUACAACGAAUACUUUGUCUUCGACUUCAUUGGGCCCCAGUUGCAUCUUUUUGACAAGAUCAUCAAAAUCUCAGUCUUUCACCACAAGCUGAUAGGAAGUGUACUGAUCGGCUCCUUCAAAGUGGACCUGGGGACCGUGUACAACCAACCGGGUCAUCAGUUCUGUGACAAGUGGGCCCUGCUCACGGAUCCUGGCGACAUCAGGACUGGCACGAAGGGGUACCUGAAGUGUGACAUCAGCGUGACUGGAAAAGGAGAUGUCUUAAAGCCCAACCCCAAAACCUCCGAUGCCGAGGAGCAAAUAGAAAAGAACCUCUUGAUCCCUCAAGGGUUUCCAUCAGAGAGGCCCUGGGCCAGGUUCUACGUGAGACUCUACAAAGCCGAAGGGUUGCCCAAGGUGAACUCCAGCAUCAUGGCAAAUGUCACCAAAGCAUUUGUGGGUGACAAUAAGGACCUCGUGGAUCCCUUUGUGGAGGUCUCCUUCGCUGGGCAGACGGGGCGAACCACAGUGCAGAAGAACUGUGCCGAUCCCGUGUGGCAUGAACAGGUGGUCUUCAAGGAAAUGUUCCCUCCAUUGUGUCGGAGGGUAAAAAUCCAGGUGUGGGAUGAAGGCAGCAUGAAUGAUACAGUGCUGGCAACCCACUUCAUUGACUUGAAGAAAAUCUCCAAUGAACAGGAUGGAGAUAAAGGCUUCCUGCCCACGUUUGGACCUGCCUGGAUUAACCUGUAUGGCUCACCCAGGAACCACAGCCUGAUGGAUGACUACCAGGAACUGAAUGAAGGCUUCGGAGAAGGCGUGUCAUACCGGGGCAGGAUCUUGGUGGAGAUUGCUGUGGAGAUCCUCUCGGGAGGGGCACAGGAGUCUAAAUUCUCCAAGGCGCUUAAGGAGUUCAAGUUGUCCCCGAAGGACAAAGAUGGCAAAUCUUCCAAAGGCGUGAGUAAAGACCAGGGUGACAAAACUGACGAUGGCAAACCCCAGCAGGCUUCAGACAAAACCAACUCAGCAGAGGUCGAGGUGGAGCCUUUCAACGUGCCCCCAGAGAUUGUACCAGAAAAACAUGAGGAAUUUUUACUCUUUGGAGCAUUUUUCGAAGCUACCAUGAUAGACCGGAGGAUCGGAGAUAAACCCAUUAGCUUUGAAGUUUCUAUUGGUAAUUUUGGGAACCUGAUUGAUGGAGGGUUGCAUCACAGGAGUAGGAAGAAGUCGGCAGACUCAGCUGAAGAAGAUGCUCUGCCACUGCUGCACGAAGGAGAAGGGGACGCAGCCCAUGAUGUCGCCAUUCCCCUGGUCUCCACCACUCACCCAGAGAAGCCACUCGUGACAGAAGGGAACAGGAAUUACAACUAUUUGCCAUUUGAGGCCAAGAAGCCCUGUGUCUACUUCGUCAGUUCUUGGGGAGACCAGACGUUUAGGCUGCAUUGGUCCAACAUGCUGGAGAAGAUGGCAGACCUCCUGGAAGAAGGUAUAGAGGAAGUAAAAGAACUGAUUAAGAUUUCAGAGGAAGCCCCAGAAGAGAAAAUGAAGAUGGUGCUCAGUGACUUUAUCAGUCAAAGCAGCGCCUUUAUCUCUGAAGCAGAAAAGAAGCCUAAGAUGUUGAACCAAACCAAUUUAGAUAAGAAACGACUUACGCUCUGUUGGCAGGAGCUGGACGCGAUAGCCAAAGAAGCCAAGGGGCUCACUCAGCAGCAGCAGAAAAAGUUAUCUCUUGAAGAAAUGAUCCAGACAGCCCAAAACUUUGUGGAAAAAAUCCGCUUUCUUGUGGAUGAGCCACAGCACACCAUCCCUGACGUCUUCAUCUGGAUGCUGAGCAACAACAAGAGGGUGGCCUAUGCCCGCAUCGCCGCCAAGGACCUGCUGUACUCCCCCAUCAGGGACCAGAUGGGUCAACACUGCGGGAAGAUCAAAACUCAUUUCCUCAAACUUCCUGGAAAACGGCCGGCUGGUUGGUCAGUACAAGCAAAAAUCGACGUGUACCUGUGGCUGGGCUCCACCAAACACUCUAAUGCCAUUUUGAGCAACUUGCCAGCAGGCUAUGAAGCAGAAAUGUCCUCCAAAGUGGCUGGCACCCAUCACCCACCAGCCAACCUGCUCUACCAAGAUCGUCACAUCUUUCAGCUGAGAGCUCACGUGUACCAAGCCCGGGGCCUCAUCGCAGCCGAUAGCAAUGGACUCUCAGACCCUUUUGCUAAGGUCACAUUCCUUUCCCACUGCCAGACCACAAAGGUCAUUCCUGAGACCCUCUCCCCCACCUGGAACCAGAUGCUCCUGUUCAAUGACCUGGUGCUGCACGGAGACCAGAAGGAGCUGGCAGAAUCCCCGCCCUUAGUGGUGGUGGAGCUGUAUGACAGUGAUGCGGUGGGAAAGCCAGAAUAUUUGGGUGCCACUGUGGCUGCUCCUGUGGUGAAACUAGCUGACCAGGACUACGAGCCCCCCAGGCUGUGCUAUCACCCCAUCUUUUGUGGGAACCUCUCUGGCGGGGACCUCCUUGCUGUAUUUGAACUCCUGCAGGUCCCCGCAUCUGGGCUGCAAGGGCUCCCUCCCUUCGACCCACCUGAUGUCACCCAGAUCUACCCUGUUCCUGCCAGCAUCCGGCCAGUGCUGAGUAAAUACCGCGUGGAGGUUCUCUUCUGGGGAGUCCGAGAAAUGAAGAAGGUGCAGCUCCUCUCGGUGGAUCGUCCCCAGGUCCUCAUCGAGUGUGCGGGACGCGGCGUCAAGUCCUGUGUGAUCCAGAGCUACAAGAACAACCCAAACUUCAACGUCCAGGCAGAUGCUUUUGAAGUGGAACUGCCCGAGAACGAGCUUCUGCACCCGCCCCUGAGCAUCUGCGUGGUGGACUGGAGAGCCUUUGGGAGGAGCACCCUGGUGGGCACUUACACCAUCAACUGCUUGAAACAGUUUUUGUGUAAAUCCAGGGAGCCCCUCAGCCUCACCUCACAGGUGGGCGGAGCCCAAGUUGGGAAAGAUAUUUCAGAUUCAUCAGUUGCCACUGAGCCCUCUGAGACCCUCAGCUCUGUUCAGGAGGAACCAAAAGAUCAUGUCUUUGUGGAUAUUGAGCCACCUCCCACAGUGGUACCUGACUCAGCCCAGGUUCAGGCAGCCAACCUGAUUGACAUCCCUGACUCGUCCCCUAUGCUGGAGCCAGAACACAAACCUGCAGCCCAGGAGCCACCAAAAGAUGGAAAAGCUAAGGACUCCAGGAAACCUUCCCGGAGGUCUACUAAAAGGAGAAAGAGGACCAUAGCUGAUGAAUCGGCUGAAAACGUCAUUGACUGGUGGUCAAAAUAUUAUGCCUCCCUGAAGAAAGCACAGAAGGAAAAGGAGAGCAAUUCCAAGGAACAAAAAGGCAACACAGAGGCAAAACCAGAUGAGGUAGUGGUAAAUAUAGACAGCCCGAAGAAGAAGAAAGACAAAAUACUGAAGAAGAAACCCAAAGAAGAUGAAAUUCCCAACCUGGCUGUCUUGCAGAUAUAUGAUGGGGAUCUCGAGAGUGAAUUCAACAAUUUUGAAGACUGGGUGAAAACCUUUGACCUGCUCAGAGGCAAGUCCAUGGAAGAUGACCAAGGCCUCGAUGGAGACCGAGUCAUAGGAAAGUUUAAGGGCUCCUUCUGCAUCUACAAAAGCCUGGAGGAUUCCAGCAUCGAGGACAGUGGGCAGUUGAGAAUCCAGCAAGGGAUUCCACCGAACCACCCCGUCAAAGUCCUGAUCAGGGUGUACAUUGUUGCGGCAUUUAAUCUUAGUCCAGCUGAUCCAGAUGGCAAAUCGGAUCCCUACAUUGUGAUCAAGCUUGGCAAAACUGAAAUCAAAGACCGGGACAAAUACAUCCCUAAACAGCUGAACCCAGUAUUUGGAAGGUCAUUUGAGAUCCAGGCCACGUUCCCAAAGGAGUCCUUGCUCUCCGUGCUGAUCUACGACCAUGACUUGAUUGGGACGGACGACCUCAUUGGUGAGACCAGGAUUGACCUGGAGAACCGCUUCUACAGCAAACACCGAGCCAUCUGUGGCUUGCAGAGUCAGUUUGAGAUAGAAGGAUACAAUGCCUGGCGAGACACAUCCAAACCUACCGAAAUCCUCACCAAGCUCUGCAAAGACAGCAAGCUGGAUGGCCCCUACUUCCGCCCUGGGAAAAUACAGAUAGGAAACCAGGUCUUUUCUGGAAAAACAACCUUUACAGAGGAGGACACGGAUGAGACGGUGGAGUCGUAUGAGCACUUGGCCCUCAGGAUUUUACACUCUUGGGAGGAUAUUCCAGAGGUUGGGUGUAGGCUGGUUCCUGAGCACAUAGAAACACGGCCACUGUACCACAAGGAUAAGCCCGGAAUGGAGCAGGGCCGUCUGCAGAUGUGGGUGGAUAUGUUUCCUGAAGAUAUGCCUCAGCCUGGACCUCCUGUUGACAUUUCUCCAAGGAAACCCAAAGGGUAUGAACUGAGAGUAACCAUCUGGAACACAGAAGAUGUCAUUUUGGAGGAUGAGAAUAUCUUCACAGGACAAAAAUCGAGUGAUAUUUAUGUUAAAGGGUGGUUAAAGGGUUUGGAAGACGACAAGCAGGAGACAGACGUGCAUUACAACUCCCUGACCGGAGAGGGGAACUUCAACUGGCGCUUCCUAUUUCCGUUUCAGUAUCUCCCAGCAGAGAAGCAAAUGGUCAUUUCCAAGAGGGAGCAUAUAUUUUCAUUAGAGAAGAUGGAGUGUAAGACACCAGCUGUGUUGGUGCUCCAGGUUUGGGAUUUUGAAAGACUGUCCUCAGAUGAUUUUCUGGGCUCCCUGGAGAUGAACCUCAAUAGUUUCCCCCGAGCAGCGAAGUCUGCCAAAGCCUGUGAUCUCACCAAAUUUGAAAAUGCAAGUGAGGAGAACAAGAUUUCCAUAUUCCAGCAAAAGCGUGUGCGGGGCUGGUGGCCUUUUGCUAAAAGCAAAGAACUCACAGGCAAGGUUGAAGCCGAGUUCCACCUCGUGACAGCAGAGGAAGCUGAGAAAAAUCCUGUUGGAAAGGCCCGAAAGGAGCCAGAGCCCCUGGACAAGCCCAACCGCCCGAACACCUCCUUCUCUUGGUUCGUGAGCCCCUUCAAGUGCCUGUACCACCUCAUCUGGAGAAACUACAAGAAGUACAUCAUCAUCGGUUUCAUUCUGAUCAUCCUCAUCAUCUUCCUGGUCCUCUUCAUCUAUACCUUGCCGGGAGCCAUCAGCCAAAGGAUUGUUGGGGGCUCGUAGAGGGUCAUGGAGAAUCCAGACCUUCCCUUUCUGCUGAUCCCCUCUUCUUCCUCCUCUGUAAAUAGAUAGGAAUGUGUGCUCUGUGCAGGCACCAUACUGGGUGCUAAGGGGGUAAACCCAAAGACCUAAGAGCCACUCGCUAUGACUAAGGACACAUCAGCUCUUCUUGGAGGAAAUGGGAGAGGAACUGUCCCUCCCUGCUCCAACCCCUGCCACCCCUCUUUCCAACUGAAAAACCUUAAGGCAUAGUUUUGCCCACAGGCAGCAUGAAAUAAUGGUUCCUUUACCCUAUAGUAGUCACUGGUGACCUUAAAUUGACUUAGGUGAAUAUUUUCUUUCCAUAAUUGGUUUUAUUCUGAGAAGUUUAAUUCUAGGUCUCAGAUAUUAUUGGAAACACUUCUUUUUAAGUAUUAAGUAAAUUUUUUUACUGCAAAUUAAACUAAAAGCAUUUUAGCAAAUUACUAGAUGUUUAACCUGUCCCAUAUAUCUUAACCUUGUUUUAAUCCUUACAAUUUACAGGACACAUUCACUUAUUCAGGCUGAGAAGCUGGCUUGGAAUAAACUUUAUAUACACCACUUAAAAUACUUCAUCGUUGAAAGUCCCAUCUAAAAAGAUGUUGCUGGUUUUCCAUUAAAUGCUUGUAGAACAUGCUCAGUAGUAGUAGUGAGUUCUGGAGAAAUCCAUUUGUAUUUAUGCAUAUUUAUUUAGCAUAUGGCAAUUUCCAAGUGGGAAUUAAAAUGUGAUUCUGGGUAUGUGUGAAUAGGACAGGAAGCUCCAUGAGACCAGUAGGAAUUCUCUUUAGUCAGAUAUAUAAUCCCCACCAAAUAUCGUGCCCCCCUAGCCCUACACCAUGAUGUGAAUAACCAUCAUCCGCAUUAUUCAAUCUUACCACCAUAUAUGGUAGGUUCUGUCAUGACUCUUAAGCACAGAUUAAUUUCAAAAGCAGUCUUAGAAACAAUACCCAAUGCACUUGUCAGAUGGGAUCAGUUUUUCUUAAAUUAAUUCUUUGAUCUUCAAAGUAACACAGUCUAGAUCUGCCAUCCCAUCUAAAGCAGGGAGGGGAAGUGAGGGACUAGUGUUCUCAGGCGAAAUAGGAAACAAAGGAAUUGGAAUGUUUGGCCUUAAACACGAAUAAGUAUGGCAACUGUUUUUUUCUUUAUUUCUGGCGGGGCCAUUUGGUGGUAUGGAGGAAGCUGGAUUGGGGUUCCCCUCUCAACACCAGAAGCACUGGGGCUACUGUUUGCUUCCUUACACAUAGCUCAGCUGGUAAAUGAUCUGCCUGAAAUGCAGAAGACCUGGCUUUGAUCCCUGGAUUGAGAAGAUCCCCUGGAGAAGGGAAAGGCUACCCACUCCAGUAUUCUGGCCUGGAGAAUUCUAUGGACUCUAUAGUCCAUGGGAUCGCAAAGAGUCAGACACAACUGAGUGACUUUCACUUCACUUCACACAUAUGUUACUUCUGUAAAAUGAAGCAUGUUACUUCCACAUGAGAAGUCAUUUAGAAUGUUCCUGAUUCAUCAAAGAUUGAAGUAUUAGUGUUGUUCCCUGAAUUCUGGCCCUAGACACUCACUCCUUAGUAAACAUAAGUCCUAUUUUUCUGAAGUGCUAAAAACUAGAGCAUUUAAAGCAUUGACGAUGUUUCCUAGUGUAAUUAGUUACAUAAACUAUGGAUCAUUCUUAUUGUGAAAUAACAGACAUCAGUAAUGAUAUAGCUCAAAUUACUUGAUGGCAUGGAAUAUAUACACUGAGUACAUUGUAAAUUUUUUUUAAAAAACUAUGUAUAUCGUGCUUUAAAAGGAAAAAUAUGUACAUAGGCAUAAAUUAAAUGUCUGGAGGAAUA